GGGAGGCUCGUUCCUGUCCUCGCCAUUGGCCGCUCGGGGGGCGGCGCGUUCCCCGGCUCCCGGUUGGUGGUCCGCGCGCUUGUCAUUUCCGGGUAAGAUGGCCGCAGUGCGUGUGCUCGGGACGUGGAGCCGGAAUGCUGGGCGGCUGAUUUGUGUUCGCUACUUUCAAACAUGUAAUAAUGUUCAUAUUUUGAAGCCAAAGUAUGUGUGUUUCUUUGGUUAUCCUUCAUUCAAAUAUAGUCAUCCACAUCAGUUGCUGCAAACAAGUGCUGCUCUGCAGGGACAGAUUGUUCAAUUCAAACUAUCAGACAUCGGAGAAGGGAUUAGAGAAGUAACUAUUAAAGAAUGGUAUGUAAAAGAAGGAGAUACAGUGUCUCAGUUUGAUAGCAUCUGUGAAGUUCAAAGUGAUAAAGCUUCUGUUACUAUCACUAGUCGUUAUGAUGGAGUCAUUAAAAAACUGUAUUAUAAUCUAGACGAUAUUGCCUAUGUGGGAAAGCCAUUAGUAGACAUAGAAACGGAAGCUUUAAAAGAUUCAGAAGAAGAUGUUGUUGAAACUCCUGCUGUGUCCCAUGAUGAACACACACACCAAGAGAUAAAGGGCCAGAAAACACUGGCAACUCCUGCAGUUCGCCGCCUAGCAAUGGAAAACAAUAUUAAGCUGAGUGAAGUUGUCGGCUCAGGAAAAGACGGCCGAAUACUCAAAGAAGACAUCCUCAACUAUUUGGAAAAGCAGACUGGAGCUAUAUUACCUCCUUCGCCCAAAGCUGAACUAGUGCCACCUCCACCAACACCGAAAGGCAAAGUUACUCCUAUGCCAGCAUCAAAACCUCCAGCAUUCACAGGCAGAGACAGAACGGAGCCCAUAAAAGGCUUUCACAAAGCAAUGGUCAAGACCAUGUCUGCAGCUCUGAAGAUACCUCAUUUUGGAUAUUGUGAUGAGGUUGACCUUACUGAAUUGGUUAAGUUAAGAGAAGAAUUAAAACCCAUUGCUUUUGCUCGUGGAAUUAAACUCUCCUUUAUGCCCUUCUUCUUAAAGGCUGCAUCCUUGGGACUGCUACAGUUUCCCAUCCUUAAUGCUUCUGUGGAUGAAAACUGCCAGCACAUAACUUAUAAGGCUUCUCACAACAUUGGGGUAGCAAUGGAUACUGAGCAGGGGCUAAUUGUCCCUAAUGUGAAAAAUGUUCAGAUCUGCUCCAUAUUUGAGAUCGCCACUGAGUUGAACCGCCUUCAGAAAUUGGGCUCUAUAGGCCAGCUCAGUACCACUGAUCUGGCCGGAGGAACAUUUACUCUUUCCAACAUUGGAUCAAUUGGUGGUACCUAUACCAAACCAGUGAUACUGCCACCUGAAGUAGCAAUUGGGGCUCUCGGAUCAAUUAAGGCCCUUCCCCGAUUUAACCACAAAGGAGAAGUAUAUAAAGCACAGAUAAUGAAUGUGAGCUGGUCAGCUGAUCACAGAAUUAUUGAUGGUGCUACAAUGUCACGCUUCUCUAAUUUGUGGAAAUCCUACUUAGAAAACCCAGCUUUUAUGCUACUAGAUCUGAAAUGAAGAUUGAUGGGACGUCAAUGAACUUUCUGAUCUUCCAAAGAAUAUGUAGCGCCUAACUGUGCAGCACAUGUUCUUCAUCACAAUUUGUAUUAUAAAUGAUUUGUAUUGUAUGAUUAAGGUUGCAAGGCACAAUAUUUACACUGUUCUGUUAGACUUUUUACUGAAAGUGAAUAAUGAUGUAAGAGUUCUCCUAGGGCUGUCACAUUGUAUAGGUCAUGGUGUGACUUCUUAAUAUGGUGCUGAGGUCUUUGUGUCCAUGAAUUGAAAACUAGCAAGAAAAACAAAAUUAAUGUUACUAAAAGACAGACUGCCA